AUGUAUGGUGCUGUGCGUGAACAAGUCUCUGAAAGCUGGUUACAUACAUAUGAUUUAAGCAGUACAAUGAUACCUAAUGUCAGUUCACCGAUGAACGAUGAGGAGCAUUUUUGCAAGUUUAUCUUAUACAAGGAAAUUAAGGAUUCAAGAGUACGAAUAUGGGAUGUAGUCAUAUUGAUGCCGAAUCUCUUGUUUCUCUUAUUCAUAGCAGUGAGAUUUAACAGAGCAAGGCUUAAAUUAAGAGCAACGAGUAGUCCAAUAUUUUUAGCAUUUUAUGGACUUGUCAUUUGUAAUGUAGUUAUCUCAGUGAUACGAUGCGUUGUUUCAAUGACUGUGAAUGCAGCAGCUACGGUCGGUGGUAAAGUCGACAAAGUACUAUGGGUUACAGUUCGAUUUUUCUUAUUAUCCACGGAAAUGAGCGUGGUGAUCUUUUGUUUGGCUUUCGGACACUUGGAUAGUCGUUCAAGCAUUCGUAGAGUACUACUAGCAACAUCGUUCAUAGCACUCGCUUUUACCAUAACUCAAGGAACAUUGGAGCUAAUUUUACCCGACGAUACAUUCCGCAUUCCCAGUAAAAAUUUUUACGUGUUCGGUCAUGGGGGUAUGAUGUUCUGGUUUUGCAGCAGUCUUGUUUUCACAGUGAUAUAUCUUUUUAUAUUAAUACUGCCAUGGACUCGGUUAAGAGACCGUUUAACCCUCCCAACAAGAAAAAGUUUUUACAUUUACGCUGGUACAUUAGCCAUGCUAGACUUAGUACAAUCCGUCGGUGCAGGCUUCUUAAAUUACACACAGAAUCCCGUGGGAUUAUGUAUCGUGGAUUUCACAGCAGCCCUCUAUCUGACACUCUUUACACCAUUGGUUUAUCACACAUUCCUAUCAGAAUUUUUCGGGAUUUCGCAACCAUCAAUCAUGUUCUCCUACAAGGCACAAGUGGACGAUGCCAUGGAUGAGGACACAGUGUCUCUACCGCACCAGCAGAGUUUCUCCUCGCUAAGAACAGACAGCGAUUACAUAUACCAGGUCCAUACACCGUCUAUUCACAAGCCCUUAUACGAUUCUCAGAUAUUAAAAUCAUCCCCCCUGAAACACAAGGCCUCCUUUCACUCUCUAGCAUCCCCAAGAGAUUCGAAAAGUGCUAGUGGACACACCUACGAAUCCUCAGCCGCUUUGUACCGUUCCACGUCCGGCAUUAAGAGCUUCAACCGGCUCGGCGCAGACAAAGGUGGCGCGGUCAUGAAAAACUAUCCCCUCGCGAGAUCAGACAAUUUCAUUGACUCGAAGAAGAGCUCACCCGAUCUGAGAUUCCCUAACACCGCUUGGAAAAGCAGCUCCAUAUCACAGAUCAAGUACGGCGGGCCCAGUAGUGUCUCCAACCUGCUAUUCCCGGCGCACACCGCCAGUAACUUUCUUUACAAGCCGGGCGCUAACAACAGUAACACGAAUUUGUUCUCCAUUAUCAGAAAAAGUAGUCUGGAACGCGAGAGGAAAGGCUCUGAUGGAAAUGUCAAUCAGUUCGUUGAAAUUCCACCGCUUGAGAAUACUUUGCAGUCCAUUUUGGACAGUGGUCAUCACGACCCUAACGUGAAAGAUAGUGCUCUCGGCCAGGAGUCUGUAGACCUAGCUCAAACUUCGCAGUAUAUUUCCGACAGCAAAGAAUCGACACCUUUGAAGCCGUUCACUGACACUAAAACUUCGGAAAUUGAUGUAGACGAAACAUUAGACUCUACCGAUGUCUCGGGUGUUUCCGAGAAGUUGCUUUCCAAGCCCGUUUUCGUGACCAAAGACGCGUUCAGAAAACGAAAAAAAGAGCCGAAGAAGAAAGAGUCGGGCGGUCUGAGUGAUUAUUUAUUGUCUUUAACGGUAUCGCGUAACCACAAGUCUCCGAGAGGCGGUGAAACUGAUCCCAAUCCAUCCCCUUCUGAUCAAAAAACCUAUACACAGACUGAAUCGUUGUAAAUAUUCGUUUGGAGUCAUUGAUGUAAAGUCUAAGUCAUUAGUACCUGUACAGGG